AUAAAUCAUAAACAUGACGGGGAGUCUCUCCCAUUCAUCAUUGGGGCAGAGACAGCUCAAGACAAUAACCUGCAGCUGAUGCCACACUGUGAGCCGAGCUGUAACCCUUCGCUGCCCAGUUGCACCGUGCCUCUAUAUAAGGAAGCGGAGAGGUGAGUCUGUCCCUUUUACAAUGAUUUCAGGUUUAAAGGUUAAAUCCUUAUCACUCCCAGGCAGGAUUGUGAAAGCCGGGACCUGACUGUCGGAGAGUCAGUCUACCUGGGCUGCGGGGCGCUCUCAUCAUGGGGAAACUGCCGCUUUAAGGUGUAUCAUGGUUUGUGGGGGUCCCACAGAGAUGGGUUACCCCAGGUUCCUGCGGAUCGUCCUCCCAUUGGCUCUCCUCUUUCUGUUCCUGUACCUGAGUGUCACCAAACUACAUGUCCACCUCCACGAGUGCCUCCAAGAUGGGAAGCCGUGCAGGCAGAUUCCGAACGAUGUGAUCGAGGACAUUAGGGUAAAACCUUCCGCUUCCUUAAAGCUGGAUCCAUCGGAUGUGCAGCUGUUGGAGAACGUUAUGAAGAACUGCAAGCAGCACGAGUUCCAGAUCGGGAGGAUGGUCGAGGCCUUCCGCUACUGCAUGACAGAGAAGAAGGACAUCUUGCUGGAGGAAUAUCUCAUAGCAUGGAGGCAGCUGAUCAAGUUCAUGGAUGCCUUAGGCACUGUCUUCACCUUCAUCUCCAGCGAAACCAUGACCAAGGUCAACAUUCUUCAAGGAUAUCUAAACGGAGAACAUGGGAAGGACUACAGAACUGUUACCUCCAUGGUAAAGUAUGAGCUGGAGAAUGAAGUGGUCAACUUCAAAGAACUCCCGCCGAACCGUGUACCAUCUGGGUGCCGAACGCUCUUGCGACUGCACCGGGCCCUGAAGUUUUUGGAGGUCUUCCUUUACAAUCUAGGUAUGAGCGUUGGAAAGGAUAAAACCUCACAGAUGUGUGCCGACGCAUAUCACAAGACCCUAUCGCACCAUCACAGCUGGUUCAUUCGGCAGGUUGCUGAGGUGGCCUUCCUUGCACUUCCACCCAUAGAGGACAUGUAUAAGGUGGUAUGUGUGAGCAAUCACAAGGAUGCCAAGAUUGUCCUUCUCACCACAGUAGAUGCCAUAGUCAAAGUCUACAACAUUACCCAAGAGGUGUAUACAAAACAUGGUAUGCUGGACCUACCAUGAAGAUGGACUGGAUAUAGUAAACUUCUUUAUGAUUGAGUGAAGGACGAAUGCAACUGGCAUUGUGUCCUAGAAGUUCCUAGGAAUGAUCUAUCAACGGAAGUCUUUUCUGUAGUUGUUAAUAGAAAGGUCACUCUACCACUGAUGGAACGUCCUAUAGAUAAUAAUAAAAUUUAUUUGUUUAGUAA